AUGGCGGAACAGAGCUUCAAUGUCCUCCACGCUCCAAAGCCCAGGAGGGACGCCUAUGGAUUUGCUUUGAGACCUCAGCAUGUGCAAAGAUAUAGAGAGUACUCUCAUAUCUACAAGGAGGAGGAAGAGGAAAGAUCAAAUAAAUGGAAGAACUUCCUUGAACAUGUAGAGAAAUCUUCUGAACUGUGCUCUCCUGAGAAGGCACAUAAAGAGGAAUUGCAGGCUGAAGCUACUGAGCAGAAAGCAGAGACAGUUCCUGAGAGUGGUGAGGAAGGGAAUGAUACAAGUAGUGGGAAAUCUGUUUCGGGUUGUUCAUCAGAAAGAGAUCCCGAAAAGGAGCUUCAACAUUCAAAAGAAACAGAAAAAAGUAAGGUCCAAACAUGGACUCUCAUUAGAUCAUCUCUUAGUUCCAUUGAAAAUAUGAUGAGCUUUCGUAUUAGGAAGGGAAAAAUUAUGAAAGAUAAGCAGAUAAUUGUGGAUAAAGACCACCUUCCAUCAGAAGCAGCCUCUUUAGGAGGGGCAUCUGAGGAUGAUGUUGAGGAAGACGUUUGCUUUAGCGAUGCUUUGAACGACAGUCCGGAUGCCUUCACUGCAGAAAAUUCUGUAAGUGAUGGGUUCCCUGACAGUGUGAAAGUUGCUGGGGAAGUAGAGGCUAUGGAUGGUGAUGUCCCUAACAGUGUGCGAAGUAUUGGGACAGAGGAAGCUGUGGCUAAUGGGGUCCCUCCAGAGCCUUUCUUUCCUUGGAAACUAGAACUGGAGUCUCUAGUUCAUGGGGGAGUGCCAACGGAUCUGAGGGGAGAGGUAUGGCAAGCUUUUGUUGGUGUGAAGGCUCGUCGGGUGGAGAGAUAUUACUACGAAUUGCUGGCUCAAGAAACAAAUACUACUGAAAGCGUGGAUAAAGACAACUCAUCUGGUGUUCCCAGAAAAUGGAGAAGGCAGAUUGAGAAGGACAUACCACGUACAUUUCCAGGGCAUCCUGCAUUGAAUGAGGAUGGUCGUAAUUCACUGAGGCGUUUGCUUUUAGCUUAUGCUCGUCAUAACCCCUCUGUUGGGUAUUGCCAGGCAAUGAAUUUCUUUGCAGGGUUAUUGCUACUUCUGAUGCCUGAGGAAAAUGCCUUUUGGACUUUGGUGGGUAUAAUUGACGACUAUUUUGAUGGCUACUAUACUGAGGAAAUGAUAGAAUCUCAGGUGGACCAACUUGUAUUUGAGGAGUUGGUGCGAGAAAAUUUUCCAAAAUUGGUGAAUCAUUUGGAUUACUUAGGAGUCCAGGUGGCAUGGUUCACUGGACCUUGGUUCCUUUCCAUAUUUGUAAAUAUGAUUCCUUGGGAGAGUGUUAUUCGAGUUUGGGAUGUGCUUCUAUUUGAAGGAAAUCGUGUUAUGCUUUUUCGAACAGCACUAGCAUUAUUGGAGCUAUAUGGUCCGGCUUUAGUUACCACUAAAGAUGCCGGGGAUGCUAUUACUUUAUUGCAGUCCCUUGUUGGCUCAACAUUUGAUAGCAGCCAGCUUGUUUUGACUGCUUGCAUGGGUUUUUUGGCUAUAACUGAAACUAGAUUGCAAGAGUUGAGAGAUAAGCAUCGUCCAGCUGUAUUAGCAGUAGUUGAGGAAAGAUCUAAAAUGGGUCAGGUUUGGAAGGAUUCCAAAGGGCUUGCAUCUAAGCUGUAUAGUUUUAAGCAUGAUCCUAUUGUAACAGAAGAAAAAAAUACUACUGAAGAAGGCACUACAGAUGCCUGUGUAUCUCAUUCAAAAUCUGGCUCCCAUAAUCUUGAUGAAUUACUUAGUGGCACAUCCGUUGAUUCAGAAGUAGAUUCUUUACCAGAGCUUCAGGAUCAGGUCAUUUGGUUGAAGGUUGAGCUAUGCAGAGUGCUGGAGGAGAAAAGAUCUGCUGUACUCAGAGCUGAGGAGUUGGAGACAGCGCUUAUGGAGAUUGUCAAGCUUGAUAAUCGACGAGAAUUAAGUGCAAGGGUUGAGCAGUUGGAGAAAGAGGUGGCUGAGCUACAGCAAGCCCUUGCUGAUAAGACAGAGCAAGAGGCUGCAAUGCUUAAGGUAUUGAUGUGGAUGGAGCAAGAGCAGAAGGCAACUGAAGAUGCUCGAAUAAGUGCCGAGCAAGAAGUAGCUGUUCAGAAAAAUGCAGUUCAUGUGCUUCAGGAAAAAUAUGACAAAGCCAUGUCUUCACUUACUGAGAUGGAAAAGAGAGUAAAAGUGGCAGAAUCAAUGUUGGAAGCUACAUUGCAAUAUGAAUCUGGACAAGCCAAAGCACUAAAAUCUCCACGGGCUGCGACCACCCAGGGGAACACCAAAAAGUUAGGCAUUCUGUCAUUUGGACUUGGUUGGCGUGACAGAAAUAAGGGAGCCAGUGACUUGAAAUCACCCAGUGAACAGAGAGAGCCAAGCUCUCCAAAGGACAAAACUGGUGAGGAAGAGAAGGGGCAUGCAAAGUGA